AUGGCUUAUCUCAAAAUGGCGAGCUCAAACAAUUAUAUUCUUUCAAUACUCUCAUCAGUUCUUCUGUUAUCCGUUUCCCCGAUAACUUCAAUUUCAAUUCCAGAAAAGUAUAUUCAAUGUCUUUCUGUUAAUUCUAAGCUUCCCGUUCCCUUAUCCACUCUGUACACCCCAAACAAUUCUUCUUCAUAUUCUCAAAUCCUUCUAUCUACUGCUCAAAACCUCAGGUUUACAGGGUCUUCAGUACCAAAGCCUGAGUUUAUCUUCACACCGUUGCAGGAAUCCCAUGUCCAAGCAGCCGUUAUUUGCUCCAAAGAGCUUGGAAUUCAUAUGAGAAUCCGUAGCGGAGGCCAUGAUUAUGAAGGGGCCUCUUAUGUAUCCGAAAUUGAAAUACCUUUCAUUAUUGUAGACCUUGCCAAACUUCGAUCAAUUAGCAUAAAUAUUGACGACAACAGUGCUUGGGUCGAGGCUGGUGCAAUGCUCGGUGAAGUCUACUACAGAAUUGCAGAGAAAAGCAAUAUUCAUGCGUUUCCUGCCGGUGCUUGCACAACUGUAGGAAUGGGUGGGCAUAUCACAGGAGGUGCUUAUGGUUUCUUGUUGAGAAAAUAUGGUCUUGGUGCUGACAACGUCCUCGACGCCCGAAUCGUCGACGCGAGGGGCAGAGUUCUUGACCGAGCCGCCAUGGGGAAAGAUCUAUUUUGGGCAAUAAGAGGAGGCGGAGGAGGAAGCUUUGGAAUUAUUGUUUCAUGGAAGAUAAAAUUGGUUCCUGUGCCACCGACUGUUACAGUGUUUAACGUUGCAAAGACAUUAGAACAAGGCGCCACAAAACUCUUCCAUAAAUGGCAGCAAAUUGCACAUACACUUGAUGAAGAUCUCUUCCUCAGAGUUUCCUUACAAGUGCAAGGUGCAGAACAAGAUGGCGAGAAAAAAGUAACAUGUUUAUACACCGCCCUUUAUCUUGGUGGUGCUGAAAAACUCCUUCAGAUUGUGCAAGAGAGAUUUCCAGAACUGGGUUUGACGCGAAAAGAUUGCAAUGAAACAACCUGGAUAAAGUCUGUGAUUUACAACGGCCUUUUUCCGAGUGACGCUCCUCCUGAGGUUCUACUUCAACGACAGAAUGUGUUUAAGGGUUAUUUCAAAGGCAAAUCAGACUUUGUCAAAGAGGCCAUUCCUGACACAGCUUUUAAGGGCCUAUGGAAAAGGUUAUUGGAAGGAGAAGAUAAAGAAGUCAUAUUAUUCAACCCGUAUGGUGGAAUGAUGAACAAGAUUCCAGAAUCUGAAACUCCUUUCCCUUAUAGACAGGGAAUCAUGUUUGAAAUCGCUUAUACGGUACUGUGGGGAGAUGAUAACAAGAAUGCGAAAAAGGAUAUUGAGUGGAUUAGGAAUAUAUAUGAAUACAUGGCUCCUUAUGUUUCAAAGAACCCCAGAGGUGCAUAUGUUAAUUACAAAGAUUUUGACUUGGGUAUGAACAAGAAUGGUAACACAAGUUUCAGAGAGGCUAGAGUGUGGGGUGAUAAGUAUUUCAAAGGUAACUUCCAGAGAUUAGUGAGAGCGAAGACCAAAAUUGAUCCUGAAAAUUUCUUUCGGCAUGAGCAGAGCAUUCCACCACUUCCAUUGAAAGGCUAG